AUGCAGGAUUCCUUGGUGUAUUUUAUUACGGGGGCGAACAAAGGAAUCGGACUUCACUUAACCCGUGCACUUCUCCAACGCGAAAAUGCAAUCGUUAUCGCUACUAAACGCGCUUUCUCUACCGAUUCAUCCGAGUUAGAAGGUCUUUCUAAAGCGCAAAGUUCGAGACUUAUCAUUCUUACUCUAUCUUCGGAAAUUGGAGUUGGGAAAAAGAAAGAAAAUACAGUUGAUGAUUUAGUAGAGAGAUUGAAAAAUGAAGGGGUAGAGAAUAUCGAUACUCUGAUCCUAAAUGCCGGAGCUGCUACAUCAUUUCAAUCCGCGGCCGAAACUUCGGUGGAAGAACUUCAGGCUCAUUUCCAGAUUAAUACGGUGUGGCCGAUUCGGACUUAUCAGGUUUUGAGACCUCUUUUGCUUGUUUCUUCUUCUGUCUCGGGCUCUAAAGAAGGGGAAGGGGAAGAGAAGAAAAUACAGAAGAAAAUAAUUUAUAUUUCUAGUUACCUGGGUUCGAUUGGCGGGAUGGAAGAUAAGACGCCAUCUCUUGCUUAUGGUAUUAGUAAGGCGGCGGGAAAUUAUUUUGUGAGGAAAGUACAUUUUGAGGAGGAGGGGAGUGGAGCUGUCUGUGUUGCGAUACAUCCGGGAUGGGUUAAAACAGAUAAUGGACAAGCAUUUGCGGAUAGUUUGGGGGUAAAGGAACCACCGAUGAAUUUGGAGGAGAGUGUUGGUGGGGUGAUGAGACAGAUUGAUAUAGCGAGUAGGGGAAGUACUUCUGGUAGCUUUAUUUCCUGGAAGGGAGAUGUAGUUCCUUGGUAA